AUGAGUAUCAAGCAUGGAGCUCCCUGCGAGCAAGGCCCGGAGACCCCGUGGGCAGAGGCACUCCUUGACCUGCCCCGCCCGCCCAGACUCACCCACUGCCUGCGAGUCUACACGCGGGGAAUCACAACAACCCAGUGCGGCCUGGAAGUGACGAUACAGCCCUCCUGGAGGGGCCUCGCUUUGUCCCGGGCCGAGAGCGGCCCGAGGCCCGCCGAGGGCCCGGAUUGGGCGGCUCCCGAGGGCGGGGUACGGGGCGGCACUUCCGGCCGGGGAGGGCGACCUCGGGAGGAGUGCCGGAGGUCCAGAUCCGUGGGGCUCAGCGGUGCGGUGUUCGGCCGUGGAGUCUGCCCCUCCUGUGCCGCCCGGGAACGGCGGCUCAUUGUGAUUCUAAGGCUCCCAUCGACCUCCAGAGGAAAGCCUAGGAGGCCAGGCAGACAACCAAGCUUCUAUAGAGGGGCUACCAGCUCUGCCUGCCCUCCAGGUUCCUGCACAUCUCCUGAGAGGACCCCAGGAGACCAGGUAAUGGCAGCUGAGCUCCUGCCAGCCUGGUCCCAGGUGUUGGUGACUUUCACGGAUGUGACUGUAAAUUUCACCCAUGAGGAAUGGAGUCUUCUAAACCCUACACAAAGGGGCCUUUACAGGGACGUGAUGCUGGAGAAUUAUGAGAACGUAGUCUCACUGGGGUUUCCAGUGUAUGAACCUGUUGUAAUCUCCUGUUUGGAGCAAGGGGGAGAGGCAUGGGUCUCAGACAUGCAAGAAGCUGAGGAGAGAGAGAUCAUGAGAGGGGACUGCUCAGAUUGUGAGACCAGGACUGAGAAUAAGGAGCUGUUGCUAAAGCAGGAAAUUUCUGAAGAAGUAGAAACCCAGAAUAUGAUACUGGAAAGACUCAUGGGGGAUGUUCCCCAUGGACCCAAAUGUAGAGAAGCCUGUGAAUCUGAUGACAGGUCAGAAGAUGGUUUUCAGCCUUCUGCAGGUAAACUCCUUUCUCAGAAGAGACACUUGAGGUCAGUGGCAGUGAUGGAUCAAAAUCCAUCUGAAGAAGAAAAAGACCAGAAAUGUAAUGAAUUUGGAAGAAACCUCAGUCUGAACUCUAACACUGUUAGAAUUUCCUCAAGAGAGAAACCCCAGGAGUGUGAUAAUAUGGACCAGAAAUCCAGACAGAAUUCAGACCUAAUUAUACAUCAGAAAAACCAUAUAGAAGAGAAAUCCUAUAAACCUAAAAUAUACAGAAAAUCAUUAAGGCAGAGUUCAACCUAUGUUAAACGUCAGAGAAAGCGCACAGAAAAAGUUUAUAAAUGUAAUGAAUGUGGGAAAGCCUUCAAACAGAGUUCAAGUCUCAUUAGACACCAGAGGAUUCACACAGGAGAAAAACCCUAUGAAUGUAAUGAAUGUGGGAAAACAUUCAUUGCAUCCUCAAACCUUAUUCAGCAUCAGAGGGUUCAUACUGGAGAAAAACCAUAUGAGUGUAAUGAUUGUGGGAAAGCCUUCAGCCAGGGGUCAAGCCUAAUUCGCCAUCAGAGGAUUCACACUGGAGAAAAACCAUAUGAGUGUAGUGAAUGUGGGAAAGCUUUUAAUGUCUCCUCAAACCUCAUUCAACAUCAGAAAAUUCACACUGGAGAGAAACCCUAUUCAUGUAAGGAAUGUGGAAAAACUUUCAUCCUAAAUUCUUACCUUAUUAAUCAUCAAAGAGUUCACAGUGGAGACAAAUCCUUUGAAUGUAAUGAAUGUGGGAAAGCCUUCAGUGAUCGUACAUCUCUUAUUUACCACCAGAGAAUUCAUACUGGGGAGAAACCAUAUGAGUGUAACAAAUGUGGGAAGGCUUUCAGUCUGAGUUCAGGCCUCAUUAAACAUUUAAGAAUUCAUACAGGAGAAAAACCUUAUGAGUGUUAUGAAUGUGGGAAAAUCUUCAGGGCAUAUUCAAACCUUAUUCAGCAUCAGAGAAUUCACACGGGAGAGAAACCUUAUGAAUGUAAAGAAUGUGGAAAGACUUUCAUUCUGAGCUCAUACCUCAUUAGACAUCAGAAAAUUCAUAUCUCAGGCAGCUCACCUCCGGCCUUGGCCUCUCCCGGGAGGAAAGGACGCGGCCUCUCCCGCCGGCUGGAGCUUCUCGGGGGGAUUCCCAAGGCGCUGGCCGGGAUGGGAGGAGGCGGAGAGCAGGCUCCUGGAGGGAUUGGGACAUUUUUGAAAAAAAUGGAAUUAUGGCACAUGAUGUCAGAAAGACUUGAAGAGGAUAUUUCCCUGGAACCUGGGUAUGAAGAAGCAUUUGAAUAUCAAAGCAGAUUUGAGGGAGAUCUGGAAAACCUCACAGGAGAAAAAUUAAGGAAACCCUUUUCCCAGGAAAGAGAGUUUGCACCAGUGACACUGAUCCAUAAGAAAGCCUCCCCAGAGGAAAGAGAUCAGGAAGGAAGUGGUUUUGAUAGCAGCCUCAGUCUGAAUUCAAACACUGGUAGACCCUUGAGAGUUCCUACAGAAGAGAUACCUCAUCUUUGUGAUGUAUGUGACCAAAGCUUCAAAAAGAAUUCAGACUUAAUUAUCCAUCAGAGAAUCCAUACUGAAGAAAAACCAUAUAUAUCUAAUGUAUAUGAGACAGUAUUCAAGCAGAACUCUACUCUUUUUGGAUAUCAAAGAAUUCACAGUGGACAGAAACCCUUUCUGUGUAAGGAAUGUGGGAAAACCUUUAGUCAGAGCUCUAAUCUUAUUGAUCAUCAGAGGACACACACUGGAGAAAAACCUUAUAAAUGUAAUGAGUGUGGAAAAGCCUUCAGUUUGAGUUCAAACCUUAUUAAGCACCAGAGAAUUCAUACUGAACAGAAGCCCUAUGAGUGUAAUGAAUGUGGGAAAACUUUCAACCAGAACUCUAACCUCAUUAAGCACCAGAGAAUUCACACUGGUGAGAAACCAUAUGAAUGUAAUGAAUGUGGGAAAUCUUUUAGUGUGCAUUCAUCUUUUAUUCGACAUCUUAAAAUUCACACUGGUGAAAAACCUUAUGAGUGUAAUGAAUGUGGAAAAACAUUCAACCAAAACUCUAAUCUUACUAAACAUCAGAGAAUUCAUACUGGUGAAAAACCCUAUGAGUGUAAUGAAUGUGGAAAAACCUUCAACCAGAAUUCUAAUCUUACUAAACAUCAGAGAACUCAUGUUGCACAAAACCCCCAUCAUUGUAAUGAGUGUGGAAAAGCCUUCAGUACGUAUUCAUCAUUUCUUCAGCACCAGAGAAUGCACAGUGAAGAAGAUCCUAAUGAGCAAAAUGAAUAUGAAAAACUCUUUGAGUGUAAUGAAUAUGGGAAAGCCUUCAGCCAAAGUAGAAACCUUAUAAGACAUCAGAGAUUUCAUACUGGUGAGAGGCCCUUUGAGUGUAAUGAAUGUGGAAAAGCUUUCAGUCUGAGUUCUAACCUCAUUAAACACCAGAAAAUUCACACUGGAGUAAAACCCUAUGAAUGUAAUGAAUGUGGAAAAACCUUCAGUGAGAGCUCUAAUCUCAUUAAACACCAGGGAAUUCACACUGGGGAAAAACUAUGA